GCCCCGCUUGCUUCCCCCCGCCCGCUGCCGAUGGUCGGGUCCGCUUGCGCUGCCCGCGGCCCGGCGUCGCGAGUUCGCGCUCUCCCGCGUCCGCCUUCUCCCGCCCCCUCCCGCCCUCCCUCCGUGCCGGCUCGGCGCUCGCCUCGGCCUCCCGCUCCCUCCCCCCGGCCCCGGCGCGGCGGCCCUAUGGCGUACAGUCAGGGCGGCGGCAAGAAGAAAGUCUGCUACUACUAUGACGGUGAUAUCGGAAACUAUUACUAUGGACAAGGGCAUCCGAUGAAACCUCAUAGGAUCCGAAUGACCCACAACUUGCUGCUAAAUUAUGGCUUAUACAGAAAGAUGGAAAUUUAUCGACCCCACAAAGCUACUGCGGAGGAAAUGACCAAGUACCAUAGUGAUGAAUACAUCAAAUUUCUCCGAUCAAUAAGGCCUGACAAUAUGUCUGAGUACAGCAAGCAGAUGCAGAGAUUUAAUGUUGGAGAAGAUUGUCCUGUAUUUGAUGGCCUGUUUGAGUUUUGUCAGCUGUCAACUGGAGGCUCUGUUGCUGGGGCAGUAAAAUUGAACAGACAACAGACAGACAUGGCUGUUAAUUGGGCUGGAGGACUUCACCAUGCCAAGAAAUCGGAGGCAUCUGGUUUCUGUUAUGUCAAUGAUAUUGUGCUUGCUAUCCUUGAGUUACUGAAGUAUCACCAAAGAGUGUUGUACAUUGAUAUUGAUAUCCAUCAUGGUGAUGGUGUUGAAGAAGCAUUUUAUACCACAGAUCGUGUCAUGACAGUAUCAUUCCAUAAGUAUGGUGAAUAUUUUCCAGGCACAGGGGACCUUAGGGACAUUGGUGCUGGAAAAGGCAAAUACUAUGCUGUCAACUUUCCAAUGAGGGAUGGUAUAGAUGAUGAAUCAUAUGGACAGAUAUUCAAACCAAUUAUAUCCAAAGUAAUGGAGAUGUACCAGCCCAGUGCUGUGGUUUUACAGUGUGGAGCAGAUUCACUGUCUGGUGACAGGCUGGGAUGUUUUAAUCUUACUGUUAAAGGUCAUGCUAAAUGUGUGGAAGUGGUAAAGACUUUUAACUUGCCAUUGCUGAUGUUGGGAGGAGGAGGAUAUACGAUUCGUAAUGUUGCUCGAUGCUGGACAUAUGAAACUGCUGUUGCCUUAGAUUGUGAAAUUCCUAAUGAGUUGCCAUACAAUGACUACUUUGAGUAUUUUGGACCAGACUUCAAGCUUCAUAUUAGUCCUUCGAAUAUGACUAAUCAGAAUACACCAGAAUAUAUGGAGAAGAUCAAGCAACGCUUAUUUGAAAACUUGCGUAUGCUACCUCAUGCACCUGGUGUACAGAUGCAGGCCAUUCCUGAAGAUGCUGUUCACGAAGACAGUGGUGAUGAGGAUGGCGAAGAUCCAGACAAACGCAUUUCUAUUCGAGCAUCUGAUAAGCGCAUAGCCUGUGAUGAAGAAUUUUCAGAUUCUGAAGAUGAAGGGGAAGGUGGACGACGAAAUGUUGCAGAUCAUAAGAAAGGAGCAAAGAAAGCCAGGAUAGAGGAAGACAAAAAAGAGACAGAGGACAAAAAAGCAGAUGUUAAGGAGGAGGAUAAAUCCAAGGACAGCAGUGGUGAAAAGACAGAUGCCAAAGGAGCAAAGUCAGAACAGCUCAGCAAUCCUUGAACAAAAGAUAGCCUCUCAUCAGUCGCAGAACAUAAUACUAGAGUUGGAGAAUACCUAAAAGAAGAAAAGUUUUCAUACAGAGAGAGACUGCUGAUUUCAUUUUGUACUAUUUGGCAUGGACCGUAUUUAUUUUCAAACGGCUUUGUUCUGGUUUUUGGCAAGUUGUAUUGUGAGUUUUUUAAUUAUGAGGCAGAAAUUCUUUUCUUCACCAUGCUUUAUGUAAUAGUAUUUAAAAAUGGAUGUGAGUUAUUAUGUUAAAUGUCUAAACUGAUCUAUUAAAGUAAUUUGCCUUUCCUGA